AUGGGCGCCAUGCAAGAUGACAUGGAGGGUGGAGGAGGUGGCGGCGGCAGGAUCCUGCGGGUAGAGAGCCCUCUCUCAGAACGAAAUGUUAUGAUAGAACUGAUGAUGGAGAUGAAGCAACAGCUGAGGUCGUUGCAGCAUGACGUGAAGCGGGUCGAAGAGGUUUGCUAUCAUCGGUUGGAUGGGGCAGAUAUGCGGCAUCAAGUCCUGGAAUCCAAACUGAGAAAUCUCGACAAGAGAGAAGCCAAGAACUCUGAUGCAAUACAGCACCGAAACGUCGAGCUGGAAAACUCUGUCAAAGAUGCCCUUGACGAGGUUUCAAAGCUGAAAGAACAGAUGAACAACGAUCUGAAAUCAGCAAAAAGAGAUCUGUCGAAUGAACUCAACUUGAUGAGCCAUAGGAUAUCUCAAUCAGACACUUUGAUCCGAAACGUGGAAUCACGCACAAAAGAUGAUAAAGGCACCAUGUUUCAACAAAACCAGGGUAUGCUGCAGGAGGUGGAAAAGUCAGUGAAGGCGAUGAAAGAAGAGUUCAAACUACAACAUCAACAAAACUUGGAGAGGUUUCUCGUGCUUGAAAGAGUGUUGCAGAAGGAGACAGAAGAGAGGAAUCGUGGGGACUUUGAGGUGCGUCAGGAGUUGUCAGACAUGUUCGUCUCCACCAAGAACCUUCUGAAGCAAGAGUCCCAGCUGCAGUCAGAAGCUCUCAAACGAGUUCGAUCAGAGACCAUCGAGGCGAUUAGAAGCGACAGCGACAAUGCUGACAAGUCCAGGGACGAGAUUUCAAGAUUUCGCGAUCAAAUCACUGAGGACAUUCGCUUUGAACGCCUGGCCCGAGAGGAGUUGCAGAAAACUUUCUCCUGGAAGCUCGAUCGCGUGGUAGCAAGCUACAACCAGGACCAGAACCGUCUCAGUCAGACGCUGAAUGAUGCUCUACGACAAAUCUCUGACAAGAGCGCUGCAGCUCAGUUACUCUCCAACAAGCUGCAAGACGAGGGCAGCGAGCUGAAGCGACUGGCGCUGAGCUUACAGGAAGAGGCGACCGUGGGCCUGAAACUAGUGACGGAGAAGACGGAAGAAAGCAUUCGAAGGCUUCAAACCAUCCAAGAAAGACAAGGCGACAGCAUCAAAGAAAUCAAGUCGACUGUACAAUAUGACGUGAAGGGCUUGAAGGAUCAGCUGGUCGCUCUCGAGAGUCGAUUGCGAAGUGAUUUUUCCAAGCAGAUCGCUCAGGAUCAUCUUGUACGAGAUGGUUUGAGCUCUAGACUGAGAGAUUGUGAAGACGUCAUCCGUCAAACUGAGAGGAAAGUAUGGGGAAAGUACACAGCGCUUGAAGACAAGACCAACAAGUCGAUCGAGCAGUUCAAGAGAGACGUUGAAGACUCACGAUCGAAGUUGUUGGGAUCCAUUGGAGAGUUUCGGGUGAAGAUCAAUGAGAACAAGCAAGAGCUUCAGAGUUUGGAGACGAAGGUUGAGCUGAAGUUGAACUCCUCGCUCAACAGUGCCCGUUCGAUCAACAGCAAGACGAUGAGCGAGCUGGAGGAAGUCCGAGGGAGCCUGAGCGACUUCAAGAGAGUCACCAACAGCAGCUUGUCCGAGCAUGCGAAGCAGAUGGAGGUUCUGGAGUCGGUCAUCAGGGAGCAGUUUGAGCAGAUGCAGCGGCUCAAGGACCCUGAGACCUUCAGGAACGCGACCAUAGUCGUCCAACAUGCCCAGAUGGAGAGGAGAAGCGGCGCCUCAGACCAGCUCGAGGAGCCUGCCAAGGACUUCGCGUACCUGCAGUACAGGGUGGACCCUCCGUCCAUCGUCACGGAGGAGCCGCUCAGUCACAUCCGGUUCGAGCACAAGUUCCCCUCCCUGUCCUCCCUCCCGGAGUCUCCCUCGAACUCCGAGAUGAACCCGGAGGAGCAGGCGGAGGAUCGCGACUACCAGGAGAUCUUCGGGGUGAAGCCACCGACGUUGCAGGACGUGCAUGGAGGCUCACGCAGAGGCGAUGAGAGCAGCAAAUUCGAAGCGCUAGAGGUUGAUGAAGGAGGAGGGGAAGAGGAGGACGUCGAGGUUGGGUUGGUAGAGCAUGGUAGAGCCGGGAAGGAGGGAGAAGAGGCAGCGGGGAGCGACGUGGACUUGACAGGAGAAGCGCUGCAGUCAUUCGGCUCGUUCGAAGAUGACGAGUCCGGUAAGGGCGGAGGAGAGGUCUCGCAAGAGAGCGCUGAGGCUCAAGGAGAUUUCGAGGAGGAGCAGGCCGAUCGCCUGUCGUUUGAUGAUGCGGCUGGUGAGAAGGAGGGCAGAGAGGAGACGGUCAUGUCUUUGCCCUUGUCCGAGCCCAAGGAAGAGGAGGCCGAGGAGGAUGUGACGAGCCUUCCUCUCUCACGAGGAGCGCAAGACGAUCAGGGGGACCAAGUGCAGAGUCUUCCUGUCUCUGCUCGCCAAGACCCGCCUCCUCGUCCAGCUGCUGCAAACGACGAGAUUCCAGAGGAGAUCCCGUCAAGGCAGAACAGUGCCGACGCUCCUGUCCUAGAGCUGGGCGCAUCGCGACCCUCAUGA